GCUGUCAGUUUUACAUACAAACAUUCGUUCACCGCACUUAUAUCAACAUGUGCUCCGACGAUUAGAGUUAAAAAAGUUAUAAAUUUUACAGAGUUUUGUUUAAAAUUAUCACAAAAACAUAUUAGAACGGUGCGAAGACAAUGGGUAAGAUUCUACUAUUUCACGAAUCGGAUCAAGAGGAGGACGAUCAGAUCGAGUUUAAAACCAACAAGAGCUACGCCAAGCACUACGACGAAUUCCGCAAGAAGGAAGUUCUGGGCCAAUUGAAAAACCUUGAAUCCGAGGGUGAGUCGUCCUCCAGCGAGGAUGAAACGACGGACGAGGAAGUGGUUGACCCGGAGUUCGACAAGGAGUUCUUCCGGACGUUGGCCUAUUUGAAACGGCGAGAUCCCACAAAGUACGAGGAGAAGCCGCAGUUUUUCGAGAAUGUCAAACCAGUGGAGGAAGUGGCCUUGGAGAAGCGGAAGAAAAAGGAGAAACCGAUGACCCUGAAGGAUUACGAGCGGAAGGUGAUUCUGGAGAAGGGUGGCGUCUACGAGGACGAAGAUGAGAAUCCGAUGCAGCAAGCGAGGCCGGAAUCUCCGUCGUUGGUUCAGCAGCAGGAGCAGAUUAAGGACGAGAUUAGGCGGGCGCUGAGCAAGAUUGAUACCGACGAUGAGGACGAAGAAGACAGCAAAGGGGGACUGCUGAAGGAAAGGAACAAGAGCAAGGAAGAUACCGAACGAGAUCAGGCAGAUUAUUUGUCUUGGCUGGCGGAUAAGAAGGCGAAGGAAGCGCCCUCGGAGGAAGUGAAGCCUUUGGAACCGUUGAAGGAGUUUUGGAGCAGCAAGUCACUGUCUAAGGAGGACGCGUUUUUGAAGGAUUACAUUUUGAAUAAGCGAUUCGUGGACAGUUCAGGGGAUGUUCCGACUUACGAUGACAUCGUGGCAACUUCAGAGGACGAAGAAGAGCUGGAAAAGCAAGAGGAGUACGAAAGGCAGUACAAUUUUAGAUUUGAGGAACCGGAUGCGGAGUUUAUCAAAAGAUACCCCAGAAAUGUGGAAGAAUCGGUUCGAAUCGAGCGAAACAAGCGAAAAGAGCAGCGACAAGCUUUGAAAGAGCGUAAGCAGCGUGAAAAAGAACAGCAGAAGCGAGAGCUGGAAGAGCUGAAGGCGAUUAAAUUGCAGGAAAUCAAGGACAGGAUUCAAAAAUUGAAAGAAAUUGCUGCGACCGAGAAUAUGACCUUAAAUGAGGAAGAACUCGAAUCGGAUUUCGAUCCGGAAGAGCACGAUCGAAGGAUGCAGAGAAUGUUUGAUGACAAUUACUACGGAAUCGAUGAAGGCGAUCAGAAGCCGGAAUUCCCAGAUUUGGACGAGGAGCUCGGAAUCGAGAACUACGACCGAGAGAAGGUUGACUCGGACGAACAGGAGAAAGAGGACGACGGUCCGUACUGUGAGGAUGAUGACUUCGUGAUGGACGCAGAUUACGAAGAGAAUCAAAAGAAGAAGAAAGAUAAGAAAAACUUGGAGGAAGAACUGCUGGAAGCCACUGGCGGCAAGAAGAAAAAGAAAGGGAAGAAGAUGUCGAAGUUUGCGGAGGUGUUGAAGAAGGAGAAGCCUCUAUUUGAUCCGGAAGAUGAGAAUACCUACGGCGAAUACAUCGAUGAGUACUACAAGCUCGAUUACGAGGACAUAAUUGGAGACACUCCGUGUCGGUUCCGCUAUGUGGAAACGGUGCCGAACGAUUUCGGAUUGUCUAUAGAAGAGAUAUUGAUGGCCAACACUCGGGAACUGAAUCGAUGGGCCAGCGUCAAGAAGACGGUUCAAAUACGACCAAAGUACUCGGAGCUGAGCGAAAUUGAAGUCUACAAACGGAAGGCUCAAAACGAAGAACUAAAGAAGAAAAUUCUUCCCAGCUUAUUCAAACAGCAAGAAGAGAGCGAUGAAGACGAAGAAAUCAAACAAAAGAAAGUUAACACAAUAACCAAACUGGACGAUGAAGAGACAACCAACACUGCGGAGACUACUCCUACAGAGAGCAAAAAGAAGAAAAAGAAAAAGAAGAAACAGAUGGUGCCUGAAGAAUCAAAAACGGAAGAGGAAACUAAAACUGUACUUGAGACAGUAGAGAUAAAUCAAGAACACAAGAAAUCCAAAAAGAAAAGCAAAAAGCCAGAAAACCUUGAAGAACAGAGUGAAAUAAUAGUAGAAAGUACCGAAGAAACACCGUCAGUGGAGGAAAAGAAGAGCAAGAAACGAAAAAGGGAAAAUGAUGAACUUCAAACCGCCGAGGAAAGCAUACCCCAUCCGGGGAAGAAACCCAAGAAGUUCAACAAUGAGCGCAAAAAGGGCCACUUCGACAAGAGCCAACAGGCGCCGUCGAAUGUCACCGACAGUCGGCUGCGGGCGUUCGGUAUCAAUCCGAAAAAGUUCCACAACAAGCUCAAAUAUGGUGGAAAUCAGAGCCAGCAGCAAGCGGCCACUGGUGAGAACCAGCACGACAGUAGAGGCCAACAGGAUGGCCAAAGGCAUCAGGGCCAGCAUCGGAAAUUUGAUCGUAAAGGGGGAAAGUUUAAAAAUCAGCAUUGGAAGAAUAAGAAGCAGGGUUUUGGAAAAAAGUGAACAAUAUCUAUUGUUAAGUAUAAUGUAAAUAAAAACUAUCAAAAUGUUAUAUGUA